AGCACCAUUCUAAGGGAUUCUUCUUUCUUCAGAUGUCAGAAACCAAGACUAAUAAAGGUAUAGUCAUCUUUCAAAAUGAGCAAGAGACCAUCGCUUGGCUGGCAGAAGAAAAGAACAUUGCCAGUGGAAGCCGAGAAGACAGACCGAAAACUAAAGAAAAGUUGCCACAGAAACACAAACCACCACCAAGCCCAGACACGGGAGAUGAGUCCUUCCAAGAAAGCAGUCAUAAGAAGAAGCGACUUGUUACAUAUUCUUCAAAUGAAGAAUGUAGCAAAAUUCUCUCCUACAAAGACGCAAAACAGAUGGCAACUCACCAGACAGACAAUGAAGGGGAAUGUGCAUCUCUUAUCCUGGCCUGCUUGUUCUGCCACUUCUGUGAUUUCCUCCUUAUGUUACCUAAUGUGUGCGAGAGUAUGGUGACCACCAUGUGCUGCCCGUCUAACAGGUAUUACCACACGUCAGAUGAGGAACAAUCUAAUAGUGACUGCAACUGCGGCUGUGACUUUGACUGCGGAAUAUUUGACGCCUGCCAAGAAUCAAGCGAAUGUUUGGAACUUGCCAUGGAGAUUUCGGAAGUUUGUUAUCACUGAGAGUACAUUG